AUGAAUGAAAAGGAAAACGCGAGCAGCGCUAUCGCCACUGAUUCUUUGCUCAACUACGAAACUGUAAAAUACUAUGGGAAUGAAAAGUUCGAAGUGGACAGAUUCCGCUACGCGAUUGAGUGCUUCCAGCUUGCUGAAUGGCGUUCAAAUGCAUCUUUAGCGCUACUGAAUUUCUUGCAGAAUGGAUUGAUCGGACUGGGAAUGACAGCUGGUUCUGUGCUAGUCGCAUAUUUGAUUACCGUGGAUCAGGAACUUACUGUAAGUUAG